AUGUCGAGCUCGAUCCUGCCGAUCGACGGCAUGCUGUCGGGCAUCAAGGCGGACGACCGCGCGGUGAUCGAGAACGUGCUGGCGGUGAUGCAGGGGCUUUCCAGGGACCUGUGCUUCGUGGACUACGAGGUGCGGACGGCCAAGGACGGCUUUGUGAUCCUGGCAAAGACGGCGAGCCCCAUGGUGGGGCUGACGGACCUGCAGCUCAUCCGCGACGCGAACCCGGUGCGGGUGCAGAACGUCGGCGUCGCCCCCGUGGAGGGGAAGCGGAUCUCCGUGCACGUCAAGGUGCUGCAGUCCACCGCGCCCGUGACGAUGACGGAGGUGGAUGUGAUCAGGGGUGAUUCGUACGUCGAGGUGGGUGCAAUGCCCACCAUACACGACCUCAUCGCCUUGUACACCGGCAAAUCCACGAACAGCCUGAGUCACGAUCUCAUGGUGCAGACCACAGGAGGCAUGUACAAGUUCCGGGACCAGUUAGAAAAGAACAACAUGCUUUAUCUAUACAUCGAGGUUUACGAAAAGCUGCAGAUGACAAGCUCUGCUUUUGUCCACACUCGCUGUCUUCAGUUCCAGCAGAAAGAAUUCGACCACGUAAAGGAGACCUCUGACCGUUACUUCAGCGGAUUGAAUACCAUCGUUUAUAAGGUCAGAGACAAGCUGAAAUCCAAGAACCAACCCAAUCAGGCCGACAAGACUACUGAACACCAUCGUAAACUCCUUCAUGAGUUCCAGGACGAGUUGAAAAAACAAAUCGAUUUUGCGAAAUACUACUGUGGAACAGAGAAGCUCCACAACCACAUGCGGGUGUUUUUCCUGCCGCAGGACGCCGCGAUGAGCAACCUGGAGCUCCUCGCUGAAGUUGCAUCCCGUUUCUAG